CGACCUUUGAUUCUCCUCAACAACAUUCGUUACCUUGGUCAGAACACCUGUUUCAGUUCUACAACGUAAAUUAACUGUAAGCACAGUCUGCACUUCGAUGUGAAGAGCGAGCAGUCAACAUGAACGUCCACAGAUCUAAUACCACUGAACAAUACAAUGGCACUACUGGAGUCACAAGUUCCUGCAUUCAAUCGAGCACGUGUCUGGGAUUUUACAUUGCCUGUUCCAUUGUUGGGGCAACUGGUGUUUUUUCAAACGGAAUGGUCCUUGCUGUCGUCGGUAGAGAAAAACGCCUCCAUACCGUGACCUACACCUCCAUUUCGUGUCUAGCUCUGGCCGAUUUUGUCUACAUAACAUCAAGAUUUGCUAGAGACAAUAUGAGAUUUUGGUACAGCGAAAAGACAGAGAUCAGUGUUAAUUUCUCCCGAGCGUGCGACAUGCUUAGUAUAUCGGGCGCAUGUGCAUCCAUUUUGCAUGUGAUUUUACUGUCAAUGUUGCGAUACUAUAUAGUGGUUCACCCACUAAAGAGCCACGUCUGGUUGACCGUCAGAAGAGUUAAACUCGUAUCUUUAGGAGUGUGGUUUCUAGCUAUCGCCAUUGCGUCCUUUUAUGUAUACGCCGUUGUCAUAAAUGGACGAGUCAACAUCCAGCUAGCAAAAUUUACCAAUCUUGCAGUAACAAUCGUGAUGUCAGUAUUACCCAUAGUUCUGAUUGGGACUUUACACAUCCUGAAGGCGCGUACUUUGUUGCGAUCACUCGCUGCCUGUCGUAAAUCGACCGUUCGCCGGAUGUCCCGUAUGGUAACCCUCAUCAUCACAACCUUUAUGGUAACUACACUGCCCAGCAGCGUUGCGGACUGUAUUAAGAUUGCUUACAUGGAAUCAGGAACCUUACAAGUACACAUGCAUUGGCUUAUUGUUCUCCAAUACGUUGGUCGCCUUGGUUUAUACAUCAAUUUUACCAUUAAUCCAUUUAUUUACCUAGUAAGCUCUCCGCAGUUCAGAAAAGCCACGAUGUGUUGUCAAGGUAAUCGUCAGAUUUAUGGUGUAUCUUCUUUAAGUUAUGAAUCAAAUUAUCCUUCAACUUUCAACACGUCGUACGGAACAUAAAUAUCUGAAGUGUCUCGAGAUGAACAGACCACCAGGCAAGUCGUUCAAGUCCUGUAUUCUUAGUUGUUUUCAAGAUUGUGACUUGUGCAAAUAAAAUCAGAACAAGGAUGAA